AAGAUGAAAUACAAAAUGAUGAAGCCUUGGAGGAGAACAAUCUGUAACAAGACUGGCAUGAUGUCCUCAAAGUUGAAGUGGCUGAUUGUGAUCCAGCUCUUGCUGAAUGAACAGGCUUUGUGUAGGGUCCCUCCUCCUCUGGCACUUAGAAACACUCCUCUUCCAGAAGCAGAUUUCAAUGAGGCGGGAGAGGAGACAGCCAAACAGGAACAUCCAUCUCUCCUUGAAUCCCAACUUGAUGUCCCAUCUGCAAAAAAACAUGAUCCUGCAUUAGAGGUCGAACAAAAAGAGGAGAGAGUUCGAUCUGCCCAAAAUAUAACAUCCGUGCUCAGGGCAAAGCUCGUGGGGCAGAUUCAAGAUCAUCUCCACAUCCAGGGGAAGGUAAGCUGUGAAGAGCUGCUGUCUGCCAGCACUGUGGACGACCCAUCAUCCUCCAUGUUCCCCCUGGAGCUCCUGGGGCUUUCUUUAGUGCCCGUGUUGUUGGUGGCAGGCUGCCCUCAGGAGGCACACACCUUGGUGCUCAAGCUGUACGACCUUUUAGGAGUGGCUGACGCGGAGGAGCUCCUGAUGGAGGUAGAGGGUCUGAUGGAGAGGAGGAUGAGCAAGUCCACGCCUGCACCUGCAUAUGAGAGGGAUGAAGCAGGGCGCCACAUAGAGGCUGUGAUGUUUAACAUCCAGCAGCUGGCCACGGUGGGGGAAGAUUCCUCCAAGCAGGAGGGUCAUUGUGAGGGUUGGAGCAGGGUGAGGGGCACCAUGCUGGCAGGAGCAGCAGUGGAAGGAGCCACAGGUGAUCUACAGGAAGCCGUGAGCUCCUGCGAGAGGCUGGGGGUCCUGUGUGCCGGUGUGACCAGCAGUGGACUCAAACCUGGGAAGUACCUGGCAGUGUUUAAGAAAGGCAGUCGCGUCCUGCCCUCUGAAUCCACAGUGUCUGAGUGUUGGAUCCGUCAGUGCAGCACAGAUGAGGAUGUUUGCACCUCUGCUGCUUCAGGUGGACGUCUGAAACGCAGCUCCCAGAGGAGCUGCAUCAACAAAAGCGAGCAGCGCGUGUACAACGUGGUGGAGUGGAUCCCUGCGGUCAGCACCCUCUACAACCUGGGCACAGCUGUGUACUACGCCUCGGUCAACUGCUCUGCAACCGCCAAGGAGAGAGCCAUCCUCAGCGCCGUGGACCUCGGCACCGACGCUCUCAUGGUGGCCACGGGGGGGACGGCGGGGGUGGCAGGCUACGCCCUGGGGGCAGGGAUGAAGACCGGUGUGAAAGCUGGCGUCAAGUAUCUGCUCAACUCCAUGAAGAAGGAGGAUGAUGUGCUGGUGAACCAGUUCAGCUGGGAGGACGGUGUCAUCACCAUCCAGUAGACUGGGGAUCAAUACAUUAAGCUGCAACACUUGAGCAAUACAUAUUGUUAUAAGUAGUUCAUUUAAAACAACACAGGAUCAAUGUUUGAUGAUUGACAUGGUUGAAGAUUAAUUGGUUUGUUUUUUAGGGAACAAGAUUACACAUUUUGGGGAUUUUCAGAAUCAAAUUGAAAAGUAAACAUGUUUUGUCUGUGUGAGCGCACAUACACACAUUUAAUUUUAAUCUAUUAGACAAAAUUAUUAUUAUUUUUUUAUUUUUAUGACGACAGUGAUUUUCGAAUUAGUAUGUAACUCAUGUAAAUUAGUUUCACAGUUCUUUUGGGGCAGAUACGCCUAAAAUGUAAUGAAAAUUCAAUUACAGUAAAAAGCUGAUUACAUUACACUUUAAUCUCAAUGUAAGGAAUAGAAUUAGGGCCAUAUGUGAUUUUCUUUUGUUGAUCUGACCAAUUUGUGUUUGUUUUUUCAGUCAGAACUCAAAAUAAAAUGAUGUCAAUAAUAUAAAGGAAAAAUAAACCAGGUCAUAAAGUACAUUUUGAACAUGUUAGCUUUUAGAUAGCGUCUUGUUUGGAUAAUGGCUAAUAGUGUAACAUUGUUUUAUAUUAGGCAGUAACGUUUGAAGAACUGGUCUCAGGAAAUUAAACCUUUAAUCCUCAAGACUUUCACUUUGCUUUCCAUCCAAUGUCUACAUUUUGUUGUUACCUAUCUGUGAAGACAUUUUGUCAGGUCAGUCAUAUUCCCACCCCUGGUGUUAACUGCAGGGACAAUAGACAGAUAACUAAAUAAUGUUGUUAUAUAUGCUUUUUCUUUGUUUAAAAGGUCAAUAAAUUGUACAUUUAAACCUUA